AUGACAAACCCAUCUCAAAGUCGCUAUGUCCAACUAGUAAUUCAGUCAAACGACGUGAGCUGGGAGGCAAAUUUCCUUGCGAGUGUCUCUAAUUGGCUGCUUCUUGCUGGUUACCUGGUAGUUCCCGGCACCUUCACAUCCCUCGAAAAGUCUGAAAAGCUGGGAGGGGCUUUAGAGGAAUCUUCCACCGGGCAGGCGGUUCUCAACACUAUACAGAACCCUCCACUUCUUACAACUGCAUGUUUCCUUUUCUGUAUUGGGUCUACCACAAUGGCGGCGCUUUACUGGAGGCAAAGGGGGAAUUAUAUAUGGCUUAUGAACAAGCUUUUUAUGCCGACACUUAUGAACUCUCUCGCUGGCCUACUGACGACAACUGUUAACAUAUGCACCGCCAGAAGUGGAGAUAUGUCAAUAAUGGGUCUUUUAACAAUUAUUGCUUCGGGAAUUUCAGCUAUUUUCUCCGCAGCCUUAAUUGCGUUCCUCUUUAGAGAGAUCAAGCGUAUGAAACAGGAUCACCAGGCUAUGGUUAGGUUACAGGACCUUUCUGUUCACCAUGUUGAAGCACCAAGAAGUACCUAG